CGGUAAACGAGCUGACUCCUUCACUCAGCUGGAGCAGACGUCAUCGUUGAUUAGCAGGGAAGCUAACGUUGAUGUAGAUCACUUCCGCCAGUGUAAACAUGUAGCGGUUUCCGUUGCUCUAAUUUAUAUUCCUUUUAUGCGGCUACCUUAAAGGAAAAAAACAACAACAACAACAACUAAUGGGUCUUUUAGUGAAGGUGUCGUUUAUAGAACCCGACCAGUGCGGCGCUAGCUCGGCUACUAGCUAACAAUAGCAAGGGGCCGUGUUUUUACGAAGGUUACCGUUGCUAUCCAAACAACGGCUAGCUACUUUCUGGUUGGCAGGUACGGGAACCUUAACGGGGUGGGUUUGUCAAGCGAAAGAUGGAAAGAAAGUAUCUGCACUGAGGGGGCGUCAAGACGAGGAGAGAAAUGAGCACGGCUAGAAGUGUUCGCGCAUCGUCGCCGAUGAAUGGACGGCAAGACUGGGAAACCAGGCGGAAGCGGAAAACGGCAGACAUCAGCCAGGCACUGAGUGCGGAUCCAGUGGAUGUAGCGACGCUGAGGAGGAUGGCGAUCAGUGAAGGGGGUCUGCUGACUGAUGAGAUACGCUGUCAGGUCUGGCCCAGGCUCCUCAACAUCCCUCCUCACCUCCUGGACCAAGAACCUGAAAAAGUGGAGCGGGACAACAACAAGGACUACAACCAGGUGUUGCUGGAUGUUCAGCGUUCUCUUCGAAGGUUUCCACCCGGUAUGCCAGAUGAGCAGAGAGAGGGUCUUCAGGAAGAACUAAUUGACAUAAUCCUGAGAGUUCUGCAACGUAAUCCCCAGCUGCACUACUACCAGGGAUACCAUGACAUCGUUGUCACCUUCCUGUUGGUCGUGGGGGAGCGCCUGGCAACGGUUCUAGUAGAGAAACUGUCCACACAUCAUCUCAGGGACUUCAUGGACCCCACCAUGGACAACACAAAACACAUUCUUAACUAUCUGAUGCCUAUUAUUGAACGGGUCAACCCUGAGGUGCAUGAUUUCAUGCAGCAGGCUGAAGUGGGCACAGUCUUCGCUCUCAGCUGGCUGAUAACCUGGUUUGGCCAUGUGCUCUCAGAUUUCCGUCAUGUUGUACGGUUGUAUGACUUCUUCCUGGCCUGCCAUCCACUGAUGCCAAUUUAUUUCGCUGCUGUGAUUGUGCUGCACAGGGAGGAGGAGGUGUUGGAUUGUGAAUGUGACAUGGCAAUGGUCCAUCACCUGCUGUCUCAGAUUCCACAGGAUCUGCCAUACGAGACACUGAUCAGCCGAGCAGGAGACCUCUUUGUCCAGUUCCCUCCCUCUGAACUGGCCAGAGAGGCAGCUGCACAUGAAAGCAUGGCGACUUCUACUUUUAAGGACUUUGAGCUUGCAUCCACUCAACAACGGCCAGACGCAGUUCUUCGCCGCAGACGCAGGCAAAAACCGGCUCCUCCAGAGAGCUCGACAGCGAACCCUGUCAUGACAGUGGCACAACCCUCAACUGCACGCCGAUUUGUCAGACUGGCAGUGAUGGGUCUGACUGUGGCUUUAGGGGCAGCUGCUCUUGCUGUGGUUAAUACAGCUCUGGAGUGGGCCCCCAAGCUGGACUUGUUUCCUUGAGCUACUCUUAAAGCCAACCUGCUAACUUUUUGUCUUCUUGACUAAGUAAAGCUGGUGGGUCCUUUCCAAGAACUGUUUGAUGAUCCUUUUUGGAGUCUUAACACUGUCCGGAGCGCGCUAACUAAGCUGAACAUGGUAACUCCCCGCUGUUGUCGUCAAGGAUGCAUCCAAACCUGCUCUAAGAGGAUCUCUUCAGGCCCCGUGUCCUUAUGAAUCCUCGAAAGGGUAGGUAGGUUUAAAAGCUGCUGGCACUCCUAAAUGAAGAAAUCCUCCAUGUUAUAAUGAAGAAAAUAUUUCCAAGGACUGUCAUUGAUGGUGUAAUAAUUAAAGUUUAUUUAUAUUUUUUGAUAGGAUGUCUGAUUUAGUGUUAUGCUCAGAGAUUUAUGCUGAAAGCCUGAAUCACUACACUUGAAACUGCUGCCAAUUUUGAGAGCUGAGAGAAUGUAUGUGUGCAUGUGUGUUUGGGCGCAACCCAUUUGCUACAUAGAUUUGAUACGAGACCAACUUGAGGAUUCCCUCUAUUUAACCAACUGUAAAAUUUGAGGUUUGUCAGUGAUUUUACUAAAUAGUAGAAGGGUUAUAAUUAGGAUUAGGGUUAUAAUUUAUUGUUUAAAUUUUAUUUGUCCCCCCCCCCCCGAAAUGUUUUUCAUUUCUAAAAUUAGGAGCUUUCUCUGUAAAUGGAGCGUUUUAAAGACAUGUUGUCAACCCUAACUAUGCAUUUUUAUUGAGGGUUCUGGCUAAAAUCCUCUGUCUAAUAUAUAAAUAAAUGCAAGGAGGUAUUACCAAAGCAAAUGUGGUAUAGUUAACAUACUUUAACAAUUUUAUUGUAAUAUUAACCCCUAAAUCAGAGAAACAGAUUUCACAAUCCAGAAAUAAACAGUCUCUUAUUGAACAAUUGCAAAGAAACCAAAUUAUUUAGUUAAGCAGUCUUAGAAACAGUUCCAAUGAGAGACGCACCGUAGCAGCUAGUUUGCCUUUAGUCUCUUUUUUUCUGGGGGAGUGUACUACGAAGGAGGAGUAAAGACAUUGCCAGGUAUCUUGAAAUGCUCCACUGUAAAUAAGGAGAAUCUCUUAAAAUGGCAACUUGUUAAAAUACUCUGAACAGGCAAACUGGUCUGCCUGUUAAGUGGCUCCCUAUUUGUGAUUUCCCUGUGUGGAAAUCUUUGUUUAUAUCCGACGGGGAAGUAGCUGCUCGAUUCGUGUUGCAGAAACACAGAUGACAGAAUAUUUACGCAUUUAGAUCCUGACCAGAAUGACAUUUUAAUUCCUAAAUUUAAGCCUUGUACAAUAAUAACUGAAUUAUAUCUAUCCAACUUUAUACACUGUUAAUUUUAACCUUAGCCUUUUGUUGCAGUAUUACAUUUCUAAACCUUUUGAGCAGCACACUUUGCCAUUAAAAAGAUCGUACAUUCAAAAUAGCUAAAGCCUUGUUUAAGAGCGUAGAACCGUUGUUGUUCUGCCUGUGAUCUCUGGCAGGACUUUUUGAUUACUCCAGGAAAGCCUGGCUGUCUUAAUCUUGCUUUGCAGUAUGCUUCUCUUGAACUAUUGAUCUUGAACAUGCUUAUUUCACCGAUAUGCGGUGCCUGAACAACACAGAAGGGUAUAACAGAGAAACGCCAAAUUAUAGGCUGACUACUGAUUUUUCAAAAAUGGCUCGUGUCUAAACAAAUGAAUCUCACCUGUAUGAUCUCCGGAUGGUGAUAACAGUAAUUGCUCACAAAGCCUACAGAAGCAUUUUGUUCUGAUCACUGGUAUGUAAUUUCACUGUUGAACAUACCUUAUGGUUUAUUUGAACACAUUACUCGUUGUAAAUUUAUUUUUCUGUGAGUGCACAAGCGCAUUCAUGUUGCCAUUGAAGCUGUUCAAGUCCUUUCCAUUCAUCCUUUUAGACGUGGCGAUUCCAUCGAGUGGAAAUCACGUAAAAACUGAAAAUUCAAAUGUUGGUAAAGUUGCUUUAUGGCUGAUCUUUAUGUCUUCGUUUACACAAUGGUGGUUCCAGAGUGGUAGGUCAUUUACAUACACUUGAUGCUAUAGUUCUUGAAUUAAGCUUCAGUAAAAAUUUGAAUUAUAACCUGUUUUGAAUAUAAUCAGAACGCAGCAUUUCACUCCAUAUCUGCACUGCAUUUAAAAAGAUUAAUAAAUCACAGCUGGAAAUGGCUAUAAAUUCCUAAUCAUAUUGAAGAUAACCUGACAAAGCAAUCUCUUCGUGAAAACAAAGCUGUUGAUCAGAAUUGUAAAAGGAUCACUUAGUCACAUAAGACACCACUUAGUGGUAUUUAUUUUCAUUGCACUAAACGAUGUAUCUGCCUUUUAAUGUUUAUUUUGUUAUAAAGCUAGUAUAUUAAGUUGUAAAAUAAGAUUGAUAAUAAACUUAAGUGAAAGUGU